AGAUAUCGCCUUGCUUUGUACAUUUACGAUAUUUGUAUAAUUUACUAAAUAGAUUUCAUUGUGUAGUAACGUAUACCUAUUUCGUUUACAUUUAAUGCUAUCUUUCAGUUAAAAACAUUUUUUUGUCAAUGUGAGACAUGAUUGCAGCUCUUCGAUUAGGCUCUGCAAAUUAAAUUUUCAGUUAUCAAUUAGUCAUUUAGUUUAAUAGCACUAGUUCAGUGAUAUAUUCGGGCGAAUAAAUUCAAAUGAAAUUGAUUGGUAAGAUGGAUGUUUUAGUGAUUUUCUUUGGAGGCACCAAGUUGGAGUCAUUCUGUUUUUUAUUUAAUUUUUUUAAGUUUUGGAUAACGUCAGUGACUCAUAUCGUUUAGUAUAUAUAUCAAUUGUUUGUUUUACAACCUAAUUUCGAUGAGAUAAAUUAGUCAUUUAUUGUGCGCCUUACACUUUAACGACUGAGAAUUCGUGUCUUAGUAGUGCAAAAUUGUUCAAUGAAAAAGUGUGCAAGAAACAUUUUGGUGUAGCAAGAUUAGCACGGUAUUUUGGACGACGUAAAUAUCGUAUUCCUGUCAGUGCAAAUUUCAACUAUUUACAAUGGACAUUGAACUGCAAGACCAAAUAUAUAUUGUUAGUGCUGCCUUGGUUGUUGUUACGGUGGUUCUGUUAAUAUUCUGCAUCACACUUUGUGUCAGCAUUGGCCGAUUGAAGAAGACUAUCAGCGAACAGAACAGACGAGAUGUUGCAACAAGAGAAAGCAAAUACGCCUACAAUAAUCCUUCAAUUCAGCCAGAUGAGGAGCUUCACCACAGGGGUUAUCUGAUGCAUCAAGGCCAAAUAGUUCCGCGUGUCAUGAGCACCAGCAACGGUGGAUACUCUACAGACCCACCACGUAAACCAACGAAACCAAACAGUCGCUCCUCUCGAGAUUUUAUUCCGAUCAACGACCGAAACGGUACCAAAGACGCCUCAAAAGAUUUCCGAACCGUUUUGAAUCCGAAUUCAAGUGUUUUUGACGACGACGUCAGUUACAACAAUGAAAGUCAACCGGUGUCCAGCAAGGUACCGAUAACAGUAAACAAUGUAAAUAGCAAUCGAUAUACGCCACCCAGGCCAUCGCAGUUCAACAGUAACAUUACACUGGGACAGAAUCAAACUGAGACCAGACAGGAAGGUGUAACUUACUUCAACAAUAGGGCAAUUGACUAUUAACUGACGCAAAUCAUUACUGAAACAUUAUGUUACGGACGAACGACAAUAAAAAUUAUUUCGAAGAAAAUUUAGCGGCAAA